CGCCGGGGCUCGCUCUCAAAGCGUUGAGGGCAGCGAGCGGUGCGGAGCGGCUGCAGCGCCGAGCACCUCUCCAUAUCCCUCUUAAUUCUAGGAACCGAAAGGUUAAACUGCACUUUUUGACUAAAAUUAGCCUGUUUUAGGUCUUUUUCUGUUUGUUUUUUCCCAAAAAAACCCACCAACCCGCACUUGUUGCCCUGCGCAGCCCCCUCGCUGCUUUUUCCCCGCAAGUGUUUGGUUUUUUUUUUUUUUCCUCACACUCGCCUCAGCCAUGGUGAUGUUCAAGAAGGUGAAGACCUUCGUGAUGACCUUCAGCGAGCCCGAGAAAGUCUAUUGCAGUGGGGAGAAGGUGGCCGGGCGAGUGUUGGUGGAGGUGGCCGAGGUGACUCGCGUCAGCGCCGUCAAGGUGCUGGCCUGCGGGGUGGCCAAAGUCAACUGGGCCAAGGGCCCCCAGCAAUGCAAGCAGGAGAUGGAGUACCUGCGCUUCGAGGAUGUCCUCACCCUGGAAGAACAGCCCACUGAUGGGGACGGCUCUGUAAUCCUGAGACCCGGGAACAAAUACGAAUACAAAUUUGGAUUCGAGCUUCCCCAGGGGCCUCUGGGUACCAGCUUCAAAGGAAAGUAUGGCUGCGUGGAUUAUUGGGUGAAGGCCUUUCUGGAGCGCCCGUCCUUGCCCACUCAGGAGAUAAAGAAACGCUUCGAGGUGAUGGAUCCCGUUGAUGUGAACACGCCAGAAUUGCUGUCUCCAGUUGCUGCCAAGAAGGAGAAGAAGGUGUCCUGUAUGUUCAUUCCUGACGGGCGCGUGUCGGUCAGCGCUCAGAUCGACAGGAAAGGGUUUUGCGAAGGUGAUGAGAUCUGCAUCAACGCCGACUUCGAGAACACUUGUUCCCGCAUCGUGGUGCCCAAAGCUGCCAUCAUCGCCAAGCACACCUACCUGGCCAACGGGCAGACCAAGGUGUUCACCCAAAAACUCUCCUGCGUCCGAGGCAACCACAUCAUCUCGGGCAUGUCCGAGUCCUGGCGCGGCAAAACCAUCCGCGUCAAGAAGCUCAAACCGUCCAUCUUGGGCUGCAACAUCCUGCGCGUGGAGUAUUUCCUGCAGAUCUACGUCAGCGUCCCAGGCUCCAAGAAGAUCAUCCUGGAGCUGCCCCUCGUCAUCGGCAGCCGCUCGGGCAUCGGUAGCCGCAGCUCCAGCAUGGCCAGUCAGACCAGUUCCGAAAUGAGCUGGGUGGAUUUGAACCUCCCCGAUGCUCCAGAAGCACCCCCGUGCUACCUGGACAUCGUUCCCGAGGACCACCGCCUGGAGAGCCCCACCACUCCUCUCCUGGACGAUCCCGACAGCUUCGACAGCCCCAUCUUCAUGUACGCUCCAGAGUUCAAGUUCAUGCCGCCGCCCACCUACACCGAGGUGAGAAACGGCGCCGGCAGCGGCGGGGAGGAGAGCGACGGGGCGAGUUUAGGCGUGGGAUUAAAUCUCUAAACCAUCUAAGGGCGCUCUUUGGUUCCUCUCCCAGGUGGACCCCUGCAUCGCUAACAACAACGUGCAGUGAGCGCCGAGUCCGAAGUUACUGCCCCGCUUUGUUGUUUUGGUUUUUUUUUUAAAUCUGGACUCUGAAUCUGCCGCGAUGGAAACUUUGCAGCAGCACGGGGCUCGUUCUGGCAGCCCCCGCCGCGGGAGGAGCGGCCGCUCGAAGGGUCGGCGAGGCUCCGCUCGGCGAGCGUGGAAGAAGUGGUGAAGUGUAUGAGUUGUGUGUUCCUUCGCGUGCCGGCUGUGCUGAGAAAUCCUGGUGUGGCUCAGGCCUUUGGCUGAGGACUUCGCUUACGGCCAAGGCCUUCCAAAAAAAUAGUAAUCGAACCCAAACUACCACGGUGCUUAUGUGGAAACUGGCAGGAGAAUUCUUGGAGCAGGGGAGGCGUAAAGGCCUCGAACACCUCGGUUACAAACCCUUAGGCACAUCCCAGCCUAAAGAGACUUUAAAAAACCAAAACAAAAAAAGUUAAUGUCAGAAAUGGCCAGUGUGAUGCCUUUGAUCUGAUAACACCGUCUUGAGGGACGGAUGCGACCUGUUUGCGGGUUUCGUGUCUGAUAACGUACCCGAGCGUGCGAGGAUCGCGACGGAACCCGUUCUCUCCUACGGCAGGGAGUUCCUCUUUGACUUACAAACGCUUUCCGUCUCCGAGCUGCCCAGCAGCAGCCGGGGCAGGUGGUCCUGCCGCCUCGCCGCCGCUCCCUCUCUCCUUUUGCCUCACCGAGAUGGAGCGCGGCGCGCGGCGGCUCCGUCCAGCCGCUUACGAAAGCGCCUGCCCCCUCGGUGGAAAUGAGCAGUAACAAAUGAGCAGUAACGAUCUCUUUUCUACUGUUUUGUAUGGGGGGGGGGGGAUUUGGGGGGGGAUUUGGGGGGGGGGGGGGAGAAAAACCGAUUUAUAUUUUGUACUGUGGGCGAUGUUUUUAAUAAAGAGAUGGGUGGCGAGA